AUGGUUAAUUUAACCUCGUUCCACUGGUCGCACACUCCUACCCUCAUCGAUCCCACGAAAGAGAGCAGCGUAUGGGAAGUCAUUGCGAGGCUUGACAGGAUUUUGCACCUACAUAUAAUCGAUGUGAACUUCUGGUCCGACUUCGAAGAGCCAUACACUAUUGCCACGAUGCAACAAGAGAUAGAUGAUCCAGCGUGUCACAGGCCAACUUUCAAUUCAGAGUUUUUCUUACUGGAAUCCCUCAAAACAUUUUUUUUGCAUACGGAAGCGUACGACCAUGCAGCUCCUCGUGAACCUAACAUGGAACGACUGACAGCAAUGCUCGUUCACGGGUGUGGGCCAGACUUAGAGGGGUAG